UUUUUAAAUGCAUCCAAAAGAUAUAAGUUUGCAUGCAUAUGAGUUUUACGCCAAAUAAUUUUUUUUCUUAAACGUCUUUUUUCGAUUGAAACUAAAGCGAGAGUGGAAAAUAACAAAUUCGAAGACCAUUUUGUAACCGACUUUAUUAUAUGGCAGAGAAUAAUUAUACUGCAAAAUGUCAGCAAUAUCCCAGCAAGAUUUCAAAUAGAAGGGAGACCGUAUCGUUCCAAGUUCCGCGUUAUAGUGCAGCCUGUGGUAGAGAACAGAGGCAUCGUUCCGCCGGGAAUGCAGCUGCGAUUGAUCAUUCUGUUCCGUUGCGACGAUAUUGAUACACCAGAAGAAGUAUUGGUGUUAAACGUCCAACAUGGAAGUUCGGUGAUUAUCCGAUUACACGGAUACAAAGACCCUCCUAUUUUGUUGGGUAUAAGAACUUGCGUGACGGAAGAAAUAUUGUUCACAUAUUCGGACACAUACACGGAAUUGUUGAAUCAAGCUUGGCAUCCAGAGAUAGCAAUGUCAUUCGAUAGUUUUGAAUCUUUUACAUUAAAUAGCUCUGGAACUUUAUCUACCUGGAUGACGGAAGGCGAUAAUUUUGUAAGCAUGACUUUCGACUGUAAGAAAGCCUUUGUAGGAGAAGAAGCUUAUGUACUUAUAAAAUUCAAGAACGUCGGCGGAGAGGGCCGGUUUUUCAUAAUGAGCGAGGCAGACUGGUUCUCUAUGAACAUUAUAGAUAUCACAGACAAAAAUAGUUUAAAAUUAUCCUGUUUUACCGUGUGGCCUGCGUAUUUUGCACUGAACACAAACGAGGAACUGGAUUUUCAUAUGCACUUCUCACCAGAGUGCUAUGGAAUUCAUGUGGAAAAAUUAUACAUAUUAUGCGAUAAUUGUACCUUGCUGGAAAGAGACAUAAUCGGUGAUGGAUUAAUAUAUGAGUCCAAUUUCAUCCAGCUUAGUAAACAUUUAAUGAAAUUAACACCAUUGGAAAGAAAUAUUGAUAAUCAAGCGAACUACUAUAUAAACCUGAGCACCAAUACCCCUGACGGUAUCGGGCAAUGCAUCAUUGCUGUAAGCAAUAUUAGUGAGAUCAGCAUGCAUUUUUCCUGGAUGAAACGAAACGUGCAAACUGACAUGCACAAAAUACAUACAAAGAAUUAUUUUCCCUUAGAGCUGCUUCACAUUAAUCCAGACCAAGGAGUUUUCGCUCCAACUUCCGUUCACUAUUUUACAGUAACGGCUGAGUAUAAAGAUUUACAGCCAAAUUAUUAUUUUGCUGUUCUACAGUGAGU